GUGAAUCUUAGCUGAGUUUGAGUUUACCAUCACCAGCAGAUGAUGUGUGCAGCCCAUGAAAAUACUGAUGGUUUGGUAUUCUGAUACUGUGGUAGCCCAAAAUCUUGGCUGGUGAGAUCUUAUGGCUUGUGUCUCUUUCUUCAAUUCUUGGGGGAGACGGGUCCAUAUUUCAUCUCAUCUCUUUAAUUGAAGCCAUCCCCACUUCCCCACAACCUCUUCUCUCCACCAACACCCACAGAACUUCCUGGUUCUUCUCGUCCGACCAUCCUUUUCCUCCUUUGGACCCAAAGCAGCUCGAGCGAGUUCUCAGAGAUCUGUCCUGCUUCCACCGUCUCCUCAUCACCAUCAGGUUCCGUUUGCACCUGUCAAGACAGUGUCUUCCUCUUUCUUCUCUUUGGGCCAUUUGACAUGGAUUUCAAAUUUCUGUAAGCUCCAGAAAGCUUUUUUCUGACCCAAGGAGUUGAUCUCAGCUACUGAAGCAUGUCGUCUGCGAACUCCGAUAGCUCAGGCAACUCGGGCGCUGCAAACGGCACAGGCAAGCCGAGCCGGUACGAGUCACAGAAGCGGCGCGACUGGAACACCUUCAGGCAGUACCUCCGGAACCACCGCCCGCCGCUCGAACUCUCCCGGUGUAGCGGCGCCCAUGUGCUCGAGUUCCUCCGUUACCUCGACCAGUUCGGCAAGACAAAGGUCCACGCCGCCGGCUGCCCCUUCUUCGGCCACCCGCAGCCCCCGGCGCCGUGCCCGUGCCCCCUCAAGCAAGCUUGGGGCAGCCUCGACGCACUUGUCGGCCGCCUCCGCGCCGCCUUCGAGGAGAAUGGCGGCCAGCCGGAGGCCAACCCCUUCGCCGUCCGCGCAGUUCGGCUAUACCUCAGGGAGGUAAGGGACAGUCAGGCCAAAGCGAGGGGAAUCGCCUACGAGAAGAAGAGAAAGCGGCCGCCCCCGCCACCGCAGGGCCACAGCCCACAGCCACCUCUCCCAAUGGUAGCGGCGCCUCCUGCCGCGGCUUAUGCUCGGCAGGCGGCCGAUCUAAAUCUGGUGAACGGUGCAUACACGCAUCACGUUCAUGGACACCUGAUGAUUCCCGCGACGGAUGCCGUCGGAGACGUGGUGGUCACCGACGCGCAUCCCGGUGGUAUGAUACCACUCUCCGUGCUGAACUGAACACUUGAGUUAUUUCCAGAAGAAUUCCUUUCCAAUAUGAUGUUGGACAUAACGGUGGAUGUUAUUUGUGUUGGCAGACAUUUAGAUGGAUCUCGCAACAUAUUUUGUAUAUCCUCUUUUAAUGCUUAUGGUUUUGCUUCGUGAUUA